AUGGUGGCGCUGGUAAUGGACCCCCCGGCCGCGGUGAUUCUGCACCACGAGUUGUCCAAGUCGGGCACCGCCUUCUACCUGGCGUACUUGGUGCACACAAUUCUCUUCAUCAACAACUUCCACAACGCCACCCAAGUUGCGAAGCGGGUGGAGGACAAUGCAAUGCAGGUGAUGGGUGGCAUGGGUUACUCGCAUGACAUGCCGGUCGAACGGCUGUGGUGA